AUGAGCUUAACAUUUUUUGCUUCCAUUCACUGGAAAGUAACCAAUUGUCUCAUCAAAUCAAACCUCAAACUCAGCGGUGGUUUUGGUUUUGCCAUAAAUGGACGGAACGGGCGGUCAUUAUUGUCGGCCACCACUGCCUCUAAUGGACACCCGUUUCGGGUAUUCACGGCUCGGGCAGCACAGGAACCCUUCCUCAACGGCUCCUCUUCUAUAUAUGUGGAAGAGAUGUACAGAUCGUGGCUUAAAGACCCCAAUACUGUCCAUAAGAGUUGGGAUGCAUUCUUCAAGAGCGCAACGGCUGGAGUACAGCCCGGACUCGCUUACCAAAGCCCUCCCGGUCUGGCGUCCGGCACACAAACUCAGCCAUCAGUUAACAUGACAUCAAUGACAGCGCAAACACCAAAUGUGUCCGCUGUUGGGCUCCGGGAUAUUGAAGAUCACUUGGCUGUUCAGUAUAUCAUCAGAUCAUAUCAGGUUCGUGGUCAUUUAUCAGCAAAAUUGGACCCUUUAGGUAUUAAAAUGGCAAACAUUCAUUCGCCCCUUCAUUUUGGCAAACAUAUCGACAGCUCUUGGCUUAAGAUUCAUAACUUUGGGGAGAAAGAUAUGGACCGUCCCUUUAAGCUCCCGUCGGCCACUUUUAUCGGUGGCGGAGAGUCUAUACUUCCGCUGAGAGAGAUAUUGAAACGCUUGGAAGACGUCUAUUGCCAACACAUUGGCGUCGAGUAUAUGUAUAUCCCGGACAUAGAGGAGUGUCAUUGGAUUCGUGAGAAGUUUGAAACACCGAAAAUAACCCAAUUAUCGGUUGAACAAAAGCGGACACUUUUAGCCCGAGUGACUCGUUCGCAUAAAUUUGAAGAGUUUUUGGCCAAAAAGUGGUCGUCAGAGAAGCGCUUCGGUCUCGAAGGCUGUGAAGUAUUGAUACCAGCGAUGAAAGCCAUUAUUGACUGCUCGAGUGAAUUGGGUGUCGAGAGUUUUGUAAUGGGAAUGCCUCACAGGGGAAGGCUUAACGUAUUGGCCAAUGUCUGUCGUAAACCACUCGAGCAUAUCUUCUCCCGAUUCAGUAGUUUAGAGCCGGCGGAUGAGGGUUCAGGAGAUGUGAAGUAUCACUUAGGGAUGUCUCACGAGAGACACAAUCGCGUUAGUAAUAAGAAAAUAAAGUUAGCGGUUGUCGCCAAUCCGUCACAUCUGGAAACCUCUGAUCCUAUAGUCGAGGGGAAGACUAAAGCCGAACAGUUCUAUCGCAAAGACACUCAGGGAAAGAAAGUAAUGUCUAUUCUAUUACACGGAGACGCGGCCUUCGCUGGACAGGGAGUGGUUUACGAGACCUUUCAUUUGAGUGAUUUACCUGAUUAUACAACUCACGGCACGAUUCAUAUUGUGGUCAAUAAUCAAAUUGGUUUUACAACUGACCCCCGAUUUUCGCGUUCUUCGCCGUACUGUACAGACGUGGCGCGUGUCGUAAACGCUCCCAUCUUUCACGUGAAUGCUGACGAUCCCGAGGCUGUGGUCUAUGUCUGCACUGUUGCCGCCAAAUGGAGAGCAAAGUUUGGUAAAGAUUGUGUUAUAGAUUUGGUGUGUUAUCGACGCAAUGGUCACAAUGAAGUCGACGAACCAAUGUUUACCCAACCAUUGAUGUACACAAAGAUCCGAAAACAGUUGCCGUGUUUGGAUCAAUACGCGGCCAAACUUGUCGCUGAGAACAGUGUUUCAGAAAGUUUUGUUAAGGAACUGAACGAACAAUACGAUGACAUUCUUACCGAAGCGUUUAAAAAGGCAGAGAAAGAGGUGAAGAUUCACGACAAACAUUGGUUGGACUCCCCGUGGAGUAGCUUUUUUGGCUCCAAAAAUUUAGUGAAAUGCGAUCCGACCGGUGCUCCCGAAGAUGUGCUCAAACAUAUUGGCACUCAAUUUAGUACUCCUCCGCCCGAAGACUUCAAAAUACAUCCCGGAAUUAAAAGAAUUCUGAAGUCGAGGUUAGAAAUGGUUGAAAACCGAUCCGUCGAUUGGGCUCUCGCGGAGGCCAUGGCUUUCGGCUCAUUAAUGAAGGAUGGAAUUCACGUGAGACUUAGCGGUCAAGACGUCCAAAGGGGAACAUUUAGUCACAGACACCAUGUCUUACAUCACCAGACAAUUGACAAAACUACUUAUAACGCGUUGAGUAACUUAUACCCAAAUCAGGCGCCGUAUACCGUAUGCAACAGUUCUUUAUCCGAAUACGGAGUUCUUGGCUUCGAGUUAGGCUUCUCUAUGACUAAUCCGAACGCAUUGAUUAUAUGGGAGGCACAGUUCGGUGACUUCUUCAACACCGCUCAGUGUAUUGUCGACCAGUGUUUGUGUAGCGGGGAAUCCAAAUGGGUUCGCCAGAGCGGACUCGUCUUAUUACUACCGCAUGGUAUGGAAGGCAUGGGUCCCGAACACAGCAGCGCUCGACCCGAACGCUUCCUACAGCUCUCAGACUCGGAAGCCGAUGAGUUUCCCCAAAUCGAUGAGGACUUUGCAGUGAAGCAAUUGCAUGACAUCAAUAUGAUCGUGGCCAAUUGCAGUACACCAUCCAAUUAUUUUCAUAUACUGAGACGACAAAUAGCUCUUCCCUUCAGAAAACCUCUGAUUGUAUUUUCGCCGAAAUCGCUUCUUCGACAUCCGGAAGCGAAAUCCAGUUUUGAUGAGAUGACUGUCGGAACACAGUUUUUGUCAAUUAUUCCAGAUUCAGGUCCGGCGGCGAAAAACGCACAAAACGUGAGGCGAUUGGUAUUCUGUACGGGAAAAGUGUAUUACGAAUUGACUAAAGAGAGGACGGCUAAGGGUCGGGACAACGACGUGGCCAUCACUCGUAUCGAGCAAUUGUCUCCCUUUCCUUUCGAUAAGAUUCGCGAUGAAAUCCAAAAGUAUCCGAACGCAGAGCUCAUGUGGUCUCAAGAGGAGCACAAGAAUCAGGGCUAUUGGUCUUAUAUUCAACUCCAAUUGUCUCCCUUUCCUUUCGAUAAGAUUCGCGAUGAAAUCCAAAAGUAUCCGAACGCAGAGCUCAUGUGGUCUCAAGAGGAGCACAAGAAUCAGGGCUAUUGGUCUUAUAUUCACCCACACAUUGAUUGUGUUUUAAAUCAUCUCAAUCUCUCUCAAAAGAAGCUUCGCUAUGCGGGAAGAGAUGUGUCCGCAUCGACGGCCACCGGAAAUAAAUAUCUCCAUAAGAAAGAGCAUUCGGAGCACAUGAACGACACGUUUCAACUCUAA